GCAGCCUCCAAUGAGGAACAACACUUUCACUUGCAAACUCUUCCUCAAAACCUGCAAAUUUGUCCAAAACUGAACCAAUAUUUUGACCUAAUUGUUGAAUCAAACACUCCAGAGAUCUAUCUUAAGUUAAGAAAACAUGAUGCGAGAACAAGAUGAUUACGUACACGAAGAACAGACUCCAAUGCUGCAGCUCUCAGAUUUCAAUCACAAAUCAAUAGACCUAACAGUCGAACGUAAACUUCUUCCGCAAGUUUCCACAACCGAUGAUCAUAAAAUCACAGUAAGAACAGGUACGCUGUGGAGUUCAGUUGCGCACAUAAUAACCGCUGUGAUCGGAUCUGGAGUGCUUUCGCUCGCGUGGAGCGUGUCAAAGUUAGGUUGGAUCGGAGGACCUGUUGCGUUGUUGUUUUUUGCGGUUGUGACGUAUGUUUCGUCGUCGUUGUUGUCUGAUUGUUAUCGGUCUCCGGAUCCGGUGAAUGGAGUGAGGAAUCGGAGUUUUGCAGAUGCGGUUAGAGUGAUUUUAGGAGAAAAACAAGCAUUGUUAUGCGGCAUACUUCAGUUUGUGAACUUCUAUGGGACCGGUGUCGCGUAUGUUGUUACAACCGCAACCUGUAUGAGUGCAAUUCAAAGAUCAAACUGUUACCAUAACCAAGGGCACGAGGCUCCUUGCGAGUACGAAGGCAAUCUUUACAUGUUUCUGUUUGGAGUUGUGCAAAUUGUUAUGUCACAGAUACCCGAUUUUCAUAGCAUGAUGUGGAUAUCCAUUGUUGCUGCCAUCAUGUCGUUUUGUUACUCAUCCAUAGGUUUUGGACUUGGUAUAGCCAAAGUAAUUGAGAAUGGUAAGAUAGAAGGGGGCGUCUAUGGAGCAUCAGCCGUAACCGCACCCGCGAAACUAUGGUUAACUUUUCAAGCGAUCGGUGACGUGGCAUUCGCAUAUCCAUAUUCACUAGUUUUUCUUGAAAUACAGGAUACUUUGAAGUCAACCCCACCAGAAAACAAGGUUAUGAGAAAGGCGUCGCUUAUCGCGAUUCUAGUCACAACCUUCUUCUACCUUGGGUGUGGGUGUUUUGGGUAUGCGGCUUUUGGGGACAAUACGCCAGGAAACCUGUUGACAGGAUUCGGGUUUUACGAGCCUUACUGGCUCAUUGACUUCGCUAAUGCUUGCAUCAUUCUACAUCUAAUUGGAGGAUACCAACUGUUCAGUCAGCCGGUAUAUGCGUAUGCAGAGAGGUGGGUAACCGAGAAAUUCCCAGACAGUAUACUUUUGAAAAAUACUGAUCGAUUAAAGCUGCCACUCUUGCCAGAUUUUGAGUUAAACUUAUUCAGGCUAUGUUUCAGAACAUCAUACGUCGUGUCAACGACUGGAAUCGCGUUGGUGUUCCCGUAUUUUAACGAAAUAUUGGGUCUGUUAGGGGCUCUAAACCUAUGGCCAUUAGCAAUAUAUUUUCCUGUAGAAAUGUACAUUGUGCAAAGAAAGGUGGAAACUUGGAGCCGAAAAUGGGUUGUUUUACAAAUAUUCAGCAGUUUUCUAAUGGUGGUUUCGGUGGCGGCGUUAAUGGGGUCAGUUGCAGGGCUCAUUGAAGCAAAGACAAGCUAAUGAACCAAUACUUUCAAGAUAGAACGAAACGCAGAACACUAAUUUAUAGGUAAAUUAAAAUGUAAUUAAGCAUGGCUUAUUCAAUAUUUCAUAUGCCACUAAGAAAAAUGGAUAUGUUUUAAGAGAGUAUUACAAUUUA